GCACGCGCCGUCGUUAGCCGAGCGCUCGCCGGUGCGCGCCUUCCUUGUCCCUCAGGCAGCGGGGCGGACGCGACCCUGCUCCACGCUCGCGGUCCCGGCGAGGAGCGUACCACCGUUCCCCGGAGCGCGGGGGGAGCCGGCCGCCCUGCCGCCCGCGCCUCGGCGACCCCGCGGGGCUGAGGCGACGCCGCACCCGGCAGCCUGAGCGCACAGCCGGCCUUGACCCAGAGCUCCGAGCCGCGAGCGCCGCGCCCUCCGCCGGCCCCACCCAUCCGGGCAGCGGCCAUGGCCGAGACCGAGGAGCGGAGCCUGGACAACUUCUUCGCCAAGAGGGACAAGAAGAAGAAGAAGGAACGGAGCAGUCGGGCGGCCAACGCGGCGAGCGGCGCGGGCGGGAGCAGCGCAGCGGCGGGCUCCAGGCCGGGCGACGGCGGGAGCUUGGGCUCCGGUGCCAGGUCGGGCGACGGCGGGAGCUUGGGCUCCGGUGCCAGGUCGGGCGACGGCGGGAGCUCGGGCUCUGGUGCCAGGUCCGGAGACGGCGGGACCUCGAGGUCGGGAGACGGCGGGAGCGCGGGCCCCGCCGGCAAGGCCAUAACGAAGGAUGAAAAUGAGUGGAAAGAAUUUGAGCAAAAAGAGGUUGAUUACAGCGGAUUAAGAGUACAGGCAAUGCAAAUAAGUGAAAAGGAAGAUGAUGAUAAUGAAAAGAGAGAAGAUCCAGGAGAUAAUUGGGAAGAAGGCGGAGGUGGCAGUGGAGCAGAAAAAUCUUCAGGUCCCUGGAAUAAAACCGUUCCGGUACAAGCACCUCCUGCUCCAGUAACAGUUACAGAAACCCCGGAGCCAGCAAUGCCUAGUGGUGUAUAUAGGCCUCCUGGGGCAAGGCUAACUACGACAAGAAAAACGCCACAAGGACCACCAGAAAUAUACAGUGACACACAGUUCCCAUCCUUGCAGUCCACUGCCAAGCAUGUGGAGAGCCGGAACAGGUACUUAAAAUGAAUACUACCUGAAGUUAAAUGACCACAUAUGGCACAUCUACAUCUUAUUAGGGACAUGAAUUUUCAAAAGUAAAUAAAUUGGGAAGAAAUGUAAA